CUGGGUGUCUGCGCCUCCUCCGCUGGCCGCCGUCACCCGGGAAACCGACCGCGAUCUCCAGCCGACCCGAAGCUGGUUUCAUGGCAGCCACGAAGAAAGCAGUGUUGGGGCCAUUGGUCGGGGCAGUGGACCAGGGCACCAGCUCGACGCGCUUUUUGGUUUUCAAUUCAAAAACAGCUGAACUACUUAGUCACCAUCAAGUGGAAAUAAAACAAGAGUUUCCAAGAGAAGGAUGGGUGGAACAAGACCCUAAGGAAAUUCUGAUGUCUGUCUAUGAGUGUAUAGAGAAAACAUGUGAGAAACUCGAACAACUCAAUAUUGACAUUUCCAACAUAAAAGCUAUUGGCGUCAGUAACCAGAGGGAAACCACUGUGGUCUGGGACAAGAUAACUGGAGAGCCUCUCUAUAAUGCUGUAGUGUGGCUUGAUCUAAGAACCCAGUCUACCGUUGAGCAUCUUAGUAAAAGAAUCCCAGGAAAUAAUAACUUUGUCAAGUCCAAAACAGGCCUCCCACUUAGCACUUACUUCAGUGCUGUGAAACUUCGUUGGCUUCUUGACAACGUGAAAAAAGUUCAAAAGGCUGUUGAAGAAGAUAGAGCUCUUUUUGGGACUAUUGAUUCAUGGCUUAUUUGGUGUUUGACAGGAGGAACCAAUGGAGGCGUCCACUGUACGGAUGUAACGAACGCAAGCAGGACGAUGCUUUUCAACAUUCAUUCUUUGGAAUGGGAUAAGGAGCUCUGCGAAUUUUUUGAAAUUCCAAUGAAAAUUCUUCCAAAUGUCCGGAGUUCUUCUGAGAUCUAUGGCUUAAUGAAAGCUGGGGCCUUGGAAGGUGUGCCAAUAUCUGGGUGUUUGGGGGACCAGUCUGCGGCAUUGGUGGGACAAAUGUGCUUCCGAGAUGGACAAGCCAAAAAUACGUAUGGAACAGGCUGCUUCUUACUAUGUAAUACAGGCCGGAAGUGUGUAUUUUCUGAGCAUGGCCUUCUGACCACAGUGGCUUACAAGCUCGGCAGAGACAAACCCGUGUAUUAUGCACUGGAAGGCUCUGUGGCUAUAGCCGGUGCUGUUAUCCGCUGGCUAAGAGACAAUCUGGGAAUUAUAAACAGCUCAGAUGAAAUUGAAAAGCUUGCUAAAGAAGUAGGUACUUCUUAUGGCUGCUAUUUCGUCCCAGCGUUCUCAGGGUUAUAUGCACCUUACUGGGAGCCCAGUGCAAGAGGGAUCAUCUGUGGGCUCACUCAGUUCACCAAUAAAUGCCAUAUUGCUUUUGCUGCAUUAGAAGCUGUUUGUUUCCAAACCCGAGAGAUCCUGGAUGCCAUGAACCGCGACUGUGGGAUUCCGCUGAGCCACCUGCAGGUGGAUGGAGGAAUGACCAACAACAAGAUCCUCAUGCAGCUGCAGGCGGACAUUCUGUACAUCCCCGUGGUGAAGCCCUCCAUGCCAGAGACCACCGCCCUGGGGGCUGCCAUGGCCGCGGGGGCCGCAGAAGGAGUCGGCGUCUGGAGCCUGGAGCCCGAGGACCUGUCAGCCGUCACGAUGGAGCGCUUUGAACCCCAGAUCAAUGCUGAGGAAAGCGAAAUUCGUUAUUCUACCUGGAAGAAAGCGGUGAUGAAGUCAAUGGGUUGGGUUACAACCGAGUCUUCGGGAAGUGGUGACCCUAGUAUCUUCUGUAGUCUACCCUUGGGCUUUUUUAUAAUGAGUAGCAUGGUAAUGUUUAUCGGAGCAAGGUACAUCUCAGGUGUCCCAUAAAUAAUACCAACUCACGGAUUCCAGCAAUGGGAGCUCUUUACCUAACAAGAGACUCCAGCGAUUCUCUCUUAAUCUGAUGACACUAUUAAUAGACUCUGAUUUUAUUUAUAAGCCACUUGCUGCAUGACCCUCGAAGUAGACCUGUGGCUCGAAAUAAAGAAAAUGCAGCAGAAAGAAUGCUAUAGAAACAUUUGGUGUGUUUUUUAACAUCAACCGUAAGAUUGGACCGGCCACCUUUGGAGCUGAGCCCUCCUUUGGCAUCACUCCCGCCCCAGUUCCUCUAAGAUCUAGGAAGAAUCCAGGCCCUGUCCAUUGGCAGCUUUCCUCCAGCACAGCCCCAUGCUCAUGGGCCAGGGUUUGAUUCCCUGCACUACACACACGCGAUCAAGGGGAUUGCUAACCGCCUCAAAAUGAGCAGGCCCCCAAAGUUCUCUUUUCUGAUGAGGGAGACCACAGAAUCUUCACUGAAUGUUUAAAUGGAAUCCUCUACUAAAUUCUUAAAAUGAAAAUUUCGUAUUCUCAUAGCUUAGAUGUUUUUCUGGAAAGUAUUUGCCAAAACCAAAAUUCUUCAGACAUUUUACACCGUCUCACUAAUUACACUGAAUUGCUGUCCGGAUCUUCUAGGGAAGGACAUUUUCCCCCCUUUCCCCCCAUCUCUCCUUUUUAAAUUUUUUACUUUAUAUGUAUAACAUACAUGCCUAUAUAUUUUAUAUACUGAGGGUAGCCCAUUUAUAAAUUAAGGGUACAUUUUACAUGGCUUCACUAAUUACACUGAAUUUGUGUCCAGAUCUUAUAGAGAAGAACACUUUUUUUUCUUUUUAUAUUUCUUACUUUGUAUGUAUUACAUACAUGCCUAUAUAUUUUAUAUGCUGAAGGUAGCCCAUUUAUAAAUUAAGAGCACAUUGUAUUCAUUAGGGUAUAAUGGGACUGGUCUUAAGCGGACCGCUAUGUGUAUAAGUCUCUUGGGGAAGACGGCUGUAUAUGUUUUGGGGCAACAAUUAUACAUAUUAUUUACCAGGAGAAAUUUUUUCUUAAAGAGCCAACAUUUGAAACUUAAAGUAUGUGUCCUAUGUCAAUAAAAGAAAAUAUACUUUAUUGUGACUUCAACUAUAUUUUUAUACCUUACAUUUUUAUUUAAAAUUUUGUGGAAUACUACAGUAAGUGUUGUUUUGAAACACAAGGACUAGUCCCUAUAAAGUUAUUUUCCUUUGACAUAAUUUUAAACAUAUUUGGGAUCCUUUUGAGAGGAUGUCAAAAAUGGUUAAAGAUUAAGUAAAAAAACAACCACCUUAGGAAUAAAGCCAAGAUCACUUUCCAUCCAAAUAUGUUAUUAAUUGCUGAUAAGCAAUUAUAAUUUCUAUUUGGGAUGACAGAAUUACCUCUGCUUACUGUCACAACUAAAAAAGGUUUACUAUUAGAAAUGCUUCCAGUGAAACCAAGAAUUUCUCAAAAUAUUUAGUAUUACGUGUGCCUAAUCUAGCUUCUUGAUGUCGAUUUUAAAAGCAUCUUAAAAUUAAUUGCUGUUUACUACAAACAAUAUAUUGCCUCUUAAUUAUUUUAUUCAAUCAGUGCUGAAAAUGGAAAAAUAUUUAUAUGUUAAUAUAAAAAGUUUUGUUUGGAGUUAAUGCUAACUUGGAUUUGCAGUUCUCAUUGUGCUGUUUCUAAAUUGUUGAAUCUUCUGGGUUUUAUUGAUGCUGGUGCCACUUUAGUGACAUAAAUAUUAUAGAAAGGUACUGUGAAAUUACUACUUUGUGGCAGGGUACUUUGCAACAUAAUUAUGUCUCUACAAAGGUAGGUUAAGUUCAUUGUAAAGAAUUGUGAAAAUCACUGUUCAAAAAAUUCUAAGAAUACAUCAACUUUCUAUAAAUUGCAAUAUUUAUAAAUGUUUGAAAUUGUACACAUUGAUAUUUCAUGAUAAAUGUACUUAAAAUAAAUCGACCCCUCAUUCUUA